AUGGAAAUCAAAGACCUGGACCACGAUUGCUUUCUGGUAAAGCUCGACAAUGAGCAGGAUUACUUCCGGGCUCUGACCGACGGGCCAUGGGUGAUAUUUGACCACUAUUUAGUUGUUCAACAGUGGACUCCAAGCUUCAAAGCAUCUGACCCUCUUCCGAAAACCAUGAUCGUCUGGGUUCAAUUUCCGGCGUUGAAGAUUCACUUCUACCACAAAGAGGUUGUGACUACUCUUGGAAACCUAAUUGGGAGAACGAUUAAGCUUGACUACCAUACCCUUACACAACAACGGGCAAAAUUUGCCAGGCUAGCGGUGGAGGUUGACUUAUCGAAGCAAUUGGUUCCGCGAAUAUGGCUUGACGAUGCCUGGCAAAAAGUUGAAAUACGAAAACCUCCCGGAGGUUUGUUUUGA